UUUGGGGCAGCGGCCAGAGCGGUCCGUUCCUGACACGAAUUGUUUUUUUUUUUAUGACGGGACGUUUGGAUUAAUACUGCUCGUUUGAAGCGUCAGCGUUUUUGAUGUUUUCAUCACCCUGAGCUCUCCGAUUGGAUUGGCCACUGUUCGGGAUUGGAAGUUUUCCUUAUAGUGGGCAUCGCUUGGGCUCUGACGAGUGAGGGGUCGGUGCCUGCAGAGGACAUCAGUGACAUUUGCAUUCGGAGGGUCUUCUUCUGGAUUAACAUCACAGGCUCUCUCUGCUCAGGGAGCCUCCAAGCAGACCGGUGCGCUAUGAACGCCACAGCGCUUCUCAACAGGAACGCCGGAGGGGCUCACUUCCCCAAGAGUCUCGAAUCGGUGAUCCGGUGCUGCAACCUGACCGGGUCAGUCAUUCGGGAUGACGGCUUUGGGGUCUCCUUCCCGGACGAGCAGAACCACUACAUUAUGCGGGUGGUCCAGAUCGCCGUGCUCUGCGUGUUGUCGCUCACCGUGGUGUUCGGCGUCUUCUUCCUCGGGUGCAACCUGCUCAUCAAAUCUGAAAGUAUGAUCAACCUGCUGGUGAGGGACAGGAGACCUUCCAAGGAAUCAGAGGCCAUCAUGAUCGGGUCCUACUAAGGAGGUCGACCUCAUCUAUUAAACUAUCUGGAUCUGCAAGUGAUGCGCACCUGGCUGUGGAGCUCGGUGACCGAAGGGCCAGGCAAUCUGCAGUGGUGACAGCGACGCUCCAGGGUGGCCUGUAGAAGUGUGACUACUAAACGAAACGCUUUUAGUGACAAUAAACAAUGUCGACCUUAGUAACAAUGCGAUGCGGAAGAAUAUGUGGAAGACCCUCAAAAAGGAGCUUUUGGUAACACGCGUAGCCUUUGUGUGGUUGGGACCAUCGAUAACUCCAGGAAACACGAUUGUAGAGAACCUCAUCAUGGGUCGUGUUGCAAUCUAUGAUCAAUAAUUUUAAAAAGUAAAAAAACGAUUUAAACUUUGUGACGGCUACAUGGAGUUCGGAUGUUCUCUCCAUCCCUGUUGUCCUUGGUUGGGCACAUCUGUGGGCCUCAAUGUGCACGGGAUUUCGUUGUUAAUGCGAAUCGUCUGGACGCGAGGCAACACGCAUGUGCACAGGUUCAUCUCUGCUGUCUCCGUGCACGUGAGCCCCGCGAGCUCCUGCCUUCUCUCCCCGAGACUUUACGGCGGGGCGGCCGCCCUGCUACACGAAUUUCUCAGUAAGCCCCCGGACAUCAGCACGCGGGACAGGCUGGUGGGCCCGUAAAUCAGGUAAUCCCGUCAAUUCCCAUGGAACCUGAAGACGGACACCCGGGACUGCGACACGCACACCUGCUGCGGAGGGUAACGCAGAACUGCGGGAUUGGACCACCGAGUCAACCCGGGAAGAUACAAAAGGUCGAAAACCAGCAACCGCCAUCGUUCGUCCGUCCGUCCCUCUGUCUUCAUCUUCCUGGAAUCUGCUUAUAAAAGGAACAUAGAAAACAAAAAUAAAUGAAUGUAAAAAAUAACUACGAAAGUUGAAAGCAGUGGGUCAUCGUGAAGAUUCCAAGAACUCUUUAUACAUAUUAACUUAUAAUUAAAUAACAUAGACAUGUUGCUUUAGUUACGGCGGUGGUUCUUAAACUGUGGGGCGGGCCCCCCUAGAGGGGCGCGA